CCUCCUCUUCCACCCAUCAUCCCCGUAUGCACCGAGCAUCUCAGAGAUAACGGCCGUGUGUCUGUGUGCCUUUAAGAGCCGUAUAUCCUGCUGCUCUCUACACUAAAUCCCCAUCGCUGCUCUGUGAGGGCGGCAGAGAAAAAAAAUAACAGAAAUUCACGGCAAUGUCCGCCAACUCCGCUUUCAACGACGAGAAGGGGGGCUCCUCCAGCGUCGGGGAGCCUGAAUAUGGUCACGACCCGGCGAGCGGAGGGAUUUUCUCCUCCGACUACAAAAGACAUGACGACUUGAAGGAGAUGCUUGAUAGCAACAAAGACUCCCUGAAGCUGGAGGCAAUGAAGCGGAUUGUGGCUAUGAUCGCCCGCGGUAAAAACACAUCCGAUCUCUUCCCUGCUGUGGUGAAAAAUGUGGCCUGUAAAAACAUUGAGGUAAAGAAGCUGGUCUAUGUUUACUUGGUGCGUUAUGCCGAGGAGCAGCAGGAUCUCGCUCUGCUCUCCAUUUCCACCUUUCAGCGAGGGUUGAAGGAUCCGAACCAGCUGAUCAGAGCCAGCGCUCUGCGAGUCCUCUCGAGCAUCCGAGUCACCAUCAUCGUCCCUAUAAUGAUGUUGGCCAUCAAAGAAGCUGCUUCGGAUAUGUCUCCAUACGUCAGGAAGACGGCCGCUCACGCAAUUCCUAAACUCUACAGUUUGGAUCCAGAACAAAAGGACCAGCUGAUUGAAGUUAUAGAGAAACUCCUCGCUGACAAAACUACGUUGGUGGCAGGAAGUGUUGUUAUGGCUUUUGAGGAGGUGUGUCCAGAACGCAUUGACCUGAUCCACAAGAACUACAGGAAGUUGUGUAACCUUCUGAUCGACGUAGAGGAGUGGGGGCAGGUCGUCAUCAUCAACAUGCUGACCCGCUAUGCCAGGACCCAGUUCCUCAACCCAAACAUGAACGAGUCCCUGCUGGAGGAGGGAAGUGACAAGACCUUCUACGGCUCGGAUGAAGAUGAGGAGGAGGAGGAGGAGGAGGAGGAGAAAGAUAAGAAGGCAGAAGUGCCUGCCAUGGCCAAGAGGAAGCCGUACGUCAUGGAUCCAGACCACCGGCUGCUGCUGAGAAACACCAAGCCGCUCCUGCAGAGCCGCAAUGCAGCUGUGGUGAUGGCUGUGGCUCAGUUGUAUUUCCAUCUGGCCCCUAAAGCAGAGGUUGGGGUGAUUGCCAAGGCCCUGGUCCGUCUCCUGAGGAGCCACAGCGAAGUCCAGUAUGUUGUUCUUCAGAACGUGGCAACAAUGUCGAUUAAGAGAAGGGGGAUGUUUGAACCGUACCUGAAGAGUUUCUACAUCCGCUCAACAGACCCAACCCAAAUAAAAGUCCUAAAGCUGGAGGUUCUCACUAAUCUGGCCAAUGAGACGAACAUUUCCACCAUUCUCAGAGAGUUUCAGACGUACAUUAAAAGCAUGGAUAAAGACUUUGUGGCCGCCACGAUCCAAGCCAUUGGCCGCUGCGCUACCAACAUCGGCGAGGUGAGGGACACGUGUCUGAACGGCCUGGUGCAGCUGCUGUCCAACCGAGACGAGUUGGUUGUAGCCGAGUCGGUGGUGGUUAUUAAGAAGCUGCUGCAGAUGCAACCGGAGAAGCACAGCGACAUCAUAAAGCACAUGGCAAAACUAACAGACAACAUCCAGGUGCCGAUGGCACGGGCUAGUAUCCUGUGGCUGAUUGGAGAAUACUGUGAGCAUGUACCGAAGAUUGCCCCGGAUGUUUUGAGGAAGAUGGCCAAAUCGUUCACUAACGAAGAGGACAUUGUCAAGCUACAAAUCAUCAAUUUGGCCGCUAAGCUCUAUUUAACCAACUCCAAACAGACCAAACUGUUGACGCAGUAUGUUCUGAACUUGGCGAAGUACGACCAGAACUAUGAUAUCCGUGAUCGGGCACGCUUCAUCCGCCAGCUCAUCGUGCCCACCGAGAAGAGUGGAGCUCUCAGCAAGUACGCCAAAAAACUGUUCCUCGCCCUCAAACCUGCACCAGUCCUCGAGUCUCCAUUUAAAGACCGAGACCACUUCCAGUUGGGUUCAUUGUCCCACUUGCUGAAUGCCAAGGCUGGUGGCUACCAGGAGCUGCCUGACUGGCCUGAAGCCGCCCCAGACCCCUCCGUGCGCAACGUGGAGGUGAAGGAUUCUGUUUUUACGCUGCUUGAAAGAGUCACAACAUUAACAAGUGUGCCAGAAUGGACCAAAUGCAGCAGCCGAGAGAAGAGAAAGGAGAAGAAAGUGGAGAAGCCGUUCUACUCUGACUCGGAGGGCGAGUCUGGACCGACGGAGUCAGCUGAUAGUGAGUCGGACUCUGCCAGCAGCUCAGAGAGUGGCAGUGGCAUCGAGGAGAGCGGGUCGGGAUCAGAAAGCGAAGAAAGCGAGGAAGGCUCUGAGUCUGAGCAGGAGGAAGAGAAGGAAAAGGACAAGAAGAAGAAAAAGAAAGAAUUAAAAAAGCCAGUGCAAGAAAGCGAAAGCGAGCAGAGCAGUGAAGAAGAGAGGAAGCAUGAGAGGAAAAGUAAACAACGUAAGAGCGAGUCAGAGUCUGAAUCGGACGAGGAGGAGGAGAGUGAGUCUGAAAGCAGCCAAUCAGAGUCUGAAGACUCGGAGUCUGAAGCAGAAGUCAAAAAGAAAAAAAAGGCAGCUGAAUCGAAACCUUCUUCUAAGCCUGUCAAGAAAGACAUCAAGAAAGACAAGAAAGAAAUGUCUCUGCUGGACCUUGAUGAUUUCGAACCUUCACCCUCUCCUCAAGCCACACCCGUCAACGCCUUCCUGUCCAACAGCCUUGCGACCGACCUGGAGGGAUUAUCUUUGUCUGAUGCUGUCCUCUCUCCGGCAACCAUCUCUCCCUCCAGUGCGCUGAAGAGCUACGAGAUGCUGCACCGGAUCACUGGCGAGGGUCUGUCGGUGGAGUACUGCUUCAGCCGACAGCCAUUCAGCCCCGACGCCAACAUGGUGGCGGUGCAGAUGCAGUUCACUAACAACGCCACCUCCGACACCAAGAACCUGCACAUGGAGGACGUGAAGCUGCAGUCGGGGAUGAGGGUCAAAGAGUUUCCUGAGAUUGAGCUUCUGCCAGCGGGUGAGAUGGUCACAGCUGUAAUGGGCAUCGAUUUCUGUGACUCAACACAAGCCGCGAACUUCCAGCUGUGCACUCACACCAGGAAAUUCUUCGUGUCGAUUCAGCCGCCAGUCGGGGAGCUGAUGAGGCCCAUCUUCCUAACAGAGAAUGAGUUUAAAAAGGAGCAAGAGAAGCUAUUACUAGGUCAGCUGAUGGGUAUGAACGAGAUCACGGAGAAGCUAACCCUGGACGUGAAGUGCCGGAACGAACACUCCAUCGUCCAGAGGGUGACCACCGCCGCCAACCUCAGCAGAGUCCCCUGUGGCUCAGAUAAAGAGUGCAGUCCUCCUGUUCCUCCUCCUGAUCAUCCUGUCCACAGGUUUGCCGGCCGGACAGUGACCAGCAGCAGCCUGGUGUUGGUCACCGUGGCGACCAAGGAGGAAGGAGCCGCCAAGCUUACGAUCAACUGUGAGAAAAUGGUGAUCGGCACAAUGCUGGUGAAGGACAUCCUCCUGGCCCUGUCGCAGUGACGCGUGACGUGUAGCCCUCUGCCCCCUCACCCUCACGCACCUCUCUCAUAUCAUCCCUCACACGUGUAGCAUCUCCUCCGCUCUCCUCUUAGCAGCGGAAGGGAGGAAGUUCCCAGAACGUUAAACCCAGGUUUGUUUUUUCCCAAAAGCCCUCUGUAUUCACUAAAUGCCACAGCUGCACAUAUUUACAACAAUCAGACAUGAUCUGAUAUGAAAUCCCUCUCUCAGUUUUAAAUUGUCUUACGUCAUUAUUUUAAAAUUCAUAUUUUUGCAAUGUGUUUUACUUCUUUACUGAGCCAAUUGGAUUUAUUGGACACCCAAUAUCAGAGUCAACUCAAAAGAGAAAUAAUUUGUGCAUCUUUUAAACCUUAAAUCAACUUAUAAUGAGAAGUAGCUCUUAUCUAGAGUAUGAAAUAAUUGUGCAGAAGUUGCUCAUUGGCUAAACUGGACAUUAGGUGAGCUUAAAGAUUCAAGCACGACAAAACACAAGGUCCACUUACUUAAUGUUUUCGAAGCUCUCAACCACAUCUUGUGGUCUUUCUGCAGCAGAUAGUUAUUUGUUCACGAAGACUGAAUGAAGAAAAUGUAAACAGAUAAUAAAAAAUGCUAGAAUUCAUAAAACAUUUAGCACAGGAAAGUUCAUAUUACAACGCAGCUACAGUGCAGUGCAAGAUAAAAACGAACAGCCUCAAAUGUUUUUUUUACUAAAAUGCAUUAGCUAACAAAGUUUUAAGCCUUGAAGUAAAAGACAUUUGGAGAGUUUUCUGGGAGUUUGUUCCAGAUAAUGUGGUGCAAAACAAUAAUGAAUGAAUGCUGUUUAGUUUGACUGUGGGAUCACUAAGAAGACCUGAGACGUCAGGACAGUUUACUGGGUAGCAGCAGAUCAGAGAUGUACACUGGAAACACUGGGCUUUAAACUGGUCCCAGCUUGGACCGGGCAGAGUCACCAACAACCCGGAAGAAGAGAAAAGAAGGCCAUUUACAUUCAGUGUUAAUCUCCAAAAUACAACUUUAAGUAAUCAUGUGAUAAUGUUGAAACAAAAAACGACAAAGUUAUUGAACUUUGUGUCAAAACAAAAG